GAGCCAUCUCCCUGCAUAUACUCCCACCAGCUUGCCAUGCUGGGCCUCAAUGGCACCCCUUUCCAGCCAGCAACACUCCUGCUGACAGGCAUUCCUGGGAUGCAGACAGGCCAAGCGUGGGUUGCUCUAGUUUUCUGCAUCCUCUACCUGAUCUCCAUUGUAGGCAACCUCAGCAUCCUUGCUUUGGUGGUUCGAGAACCUGCUCUGCACCAGCCCAUGUACUACUUUCUCUCGAUGCUCUCUCUCAACGAUCUGGGUGUUUCCCUUUCCACUCUUCCCACUGUACUUGCAACCUUCUGCUUCAACUAUCCUCAGAUUGGCUUUGAUGCCUGCCUGGUGCAAAUGUUUUUUAUUCACACAUUCUCUUUCAUGGAAUCAGGCAUCCUACUGGCUAUGAGCUUUGAUCGUUUUGUGGCUAUUUGUGAUCCACUGCAUUAUGCUACUGUUCUUACCAACAGCCGGAUCUUGACUAUGGGACUGGGCAUCCUUACCAAGAGUUUCACCACUCUUUUCCCUUUUCCAUUUCUUGUGAAAAGACUUCCUUUCUGCAAGGGCAAUGUUUUACACCACUCAUACUGCCUCCAUCCAGACCUCAUGAAAGUGGCAUGUGGAGAUAUCCAUGUUAACAAUAUUUAUGGGCUCUUUGUGGUGAUUUUCACUUAUGGUGUGGAUUCAACUUUCAUCCUACUUUCCUAUGCAUUGAUUUUGAGAGCUGUGCUGGCCAUCGCAUCCCAGGAGCAGAGACUCAAGGCACUCAACACCUGCAUGUCACACAUCUGUGCAGUGCUGGCCUUCUAUGUGCCCAUCAUUGCUGUCUCCAUGAUCCACCGCUUCUGGAAAAGUGCUCCACCUGUUGUUCACGUCAUGAUGUCCAAUGUCUACCUAUUUGUGCCUCCCAUGCUCAACCCCAUCAUCUACAGUGUGAAGACUAAGGAGAUCCAAAGAGGGAUUCUCAAAGUUUUUCAUAAAUCUCAGGACUGAGGAA